AUGCCUCCGCGCAUCCUCCUCCUCACCCUCGACGCCUUCCACACCCUCUUCCACCCGCGCCUCCCGGUGCCCAUCCAAUACGCCCAAGUCGCGCAAUCUCUCGAUUUCCCCCCACAUCUCUGCAGAAACAAUAUCCCCACUGUCGACCUCGCAGCGAAAAUCUCAACCGCCUUCCGCGCUGCGUAUAAGCACGAGAGUGCCACGAGACUAAAUUUUGGCCGCAAUGUUGUCGGUUUUGGUGGACCAAGGGAGUGGUGGGGUAAUGUGAUACGGGAAUGUUUUAAAACGGUUGCGAGGGAGGACGAUGCGCUAGCUAGUAAGGGCAAGACUGUGGGUAGGGCGGAGGUUGAUGUUGAAAUUGAGGUCCCAGAGGAACUCGUCCAGAGGUUGCUGAAACGGUUCGAGAGCCGGGAAGGAUAUUUGCUGUAUCCAGAUGUAGAAGCGUUUAUGACCCGGAUGAGGCGGUGGAGAGUGGGGAGACGGUUGUAUGGAUCCAGUGAUGGUUCUCGGGGAUUUGAGAGGGUGAUUGUAGGUGUUAUUUCGAAUUCUGACGAUAGGAAUGCCAAUAUCUUGUCAAGUUUGGGGCUAUGA